AUGGAUUACAUGACUCUAAAGAGGCAAACACUACAAGAGUUGCUGGAGGCCAGAGGGAAAUCGGCCGGCCGUCGUACCAAGGUGGAUAUCAUUGCUGCCCUCAUUGAGGAUGAUUGGCUAAGCGGUGAGGCAGCUGUGAUGCAACCGAAGGGUGAAAUGGAUGCCCUUCGCGAAGAAGUAGCCUGGCGUCUGACACUCUACAAAGAAACCCUCUCGGAAGAAAUCAUGACCAAGAUCCUUUCCAAGGCACAAGCUUACGUCCUGGCUCAGAUGAAUGGGGUGAACCCCACACAACCAGACGAACAACGGGUGGGGGAGAGGUCCCCGGGGAGUAAAGCAGCCCUUGCAAGAUAA